AUGGCACCAACUCGCCGCGUCGCCAUCAUUCAAUGGAACAUCAAAGACCUCGCCAUCGACGAGAACCACCAAACAGCAUGCACCUACAUCCGUGAUGCCGCAUCCCAAGGCGCCGAACUGGCCGUUCUCCCAGAAUACCACCUAACCGGCUGGGCCCCCUCCAACCCAACCUGGACUGCCCUCGCCUCCAAAAUAACCCCCUACCUCGAAGCAUACCAAUCUCUUGCCCGCGAACUCAACAUCUGCAUUGUCCCCGGCACCAUAGUCGAGCACCAUGGCCCUUCCCCGAACGAACAAGAACAAGACCAACCACUCCUCUACAACACCGCCUACUUCAUCUCCAACGACGGGAGUAUCCUAGGCCACUACCGCAAGAAGAACAUCUGGCACCCUGAACGGCCCUACCUCACUUCUUCCGGGAGUGAUCCACAUGAAGUAUUCGAUACGCCGAUCGGCAAGGUAGGGUUGCUCAUCUGCUGGGAUUUGGCGUUUCCGGAGGCCUUCCGGGAAUUGAUUUGUAAGGGGGCGGAGGUGGUCGUUAUACCUACUUACUGGAGCAAAUACGACGCCUCCCCCGCUGCCCUUCAACACAACCCCAACUCCGAAGCAUUAUUCCUUGAAACGACGCUCACGGCGCGUUGCUUCGAGAAUACCUGUGGGAUUAUCUUCGCCAAUGUGGCGAGGGGAAAGGAAGACGAGAGUGAUCGAUUCUUGGGUCUGUCGAGGGUAUGUUUGCCCAUUGUGGGGACGGUGGGUGCUAUGGGGGAUGAGGAGGGUGUGUUGGUGGUGGAUAUGGAUAUGGGGGUGGUGAGGAUCGCGGAGGAGAAUUAUCGUGUUAGGGAGGAUUUGGCUAAGGAGGGGUGGUAUUAUACGUAUAGACAUCAGAGGUGA